GGCGGCGGGGGCGGCGGGGACGGCGACGUCUGCACGAAGGGACGCAAACCGCGGCGAAGGAGGACUGCCUUCACGCAUGCGCAGCUCGCAUACCUGGAACGUAAGUUCCGCUGCCAGAAGUACCUAUCAGUGGCUGAUCGCAGUGACGUGGCUGAUGCCCUGAAUCUGUCCGAGACCCAAGUAAAGACGUGGUACCAGAACCGCAGGACCAAAUGGAAGCGCCAGAACCAGUUGAGGCUGGAGCAGCUGAGGCAGCAGGCCAGCGUGGAGAAGGGACUCCUGCACCAACCAGGGGGUCCCGAGGGGGGUUCGGCUUGCUGUCCCCAGCCCUAUCAGCCCCCCUGCAGCUUCCUGACCACCGCGGCCGCCAUAUUCCGCAACGUCACGUACGUGCACGGCUGCCAACUCUAGUUCCACCUUUCUAAUGGUUUGUUGCUAUCUGGUUACUUUGUGACCCAAUCUUCGUCCCCGAGCAGGUGAUCGCUGCUCUCGACAUUGUCGGACAUACAUACACAUUCAGUGACAAUCAAGA